ACCCUCCCCCUCUCCUCACCUCCCCUGCUGCCCGCGGCCCCGCGCCGGAGCAGGUGGCGGCGGCGGCGGCGCUGCGACCAUCUUCGCUGUGACUCAUCCGGGCUACGACCCACGUCAAGGUGUUGCUAGUUGCAUUCGUUGGAGUUGCGGCUUCCACCGAAUCCCCCAAUCCACCCCCGCCAUGGCGUUCUGGGGGGUGGAAGUGAAGCCCGGGAAGCCCUACACCCACACCCACCAGGCUGACCAUGGUCGCCUCCGCAUUUGUCAGGCUACACUGGGCAAUUGUGAUGCUGCUGCAAGGACAGUGCUGCAAUGCAAUGUUGGCAACAAGAUUCCCAUCAAACUUUGUAGUCUCAAUCCAAAAUUGGCUGAGACAUGCCAUCUAGAGAUUGAGUUUGAGGAGGUCGAUGAUGUUGUCUUUUCAGUGAUUGGUCAAAGUUCGAUUCAUCUCUCUGGAUACUAUGUCCGUGCAAGCAGCAGGUCCAAUGUGGGAGAUGAUGAAUCAGAAUCUUAUGGGGAAGAUAUUGGGCACUCCGAUACUGAUGAGGAGCAUGAUGCCAGUGAGGACAGCUAUGAAUCUGACUUUAUUGAUGAUCGUGAAGUUCCAACACCUGAGAAGUAUGGGUCUGAUUCUAUAGAUGAUAGUGAUUAUGAGUGCACCCUUCGACGACGACGCAAACAAAAAGCUGUUGAAAAACCGACUCAAAAGGCUGAAAGACGGCGGCGCUUGAAGAAGCACCAAGUAGAUAGCACCGAUGACAAUUAUGAUGAUACUCCAGUCACGAAGCCUGUUGUUAAGCGCAGUGCUAAAAUAUUUGAUAGCGGUGAUGAUGACACUCCAGUCACGAAGCCUGUUGACAAGCGCAGUGCUCCCUCAAUGUUUGAUAGCAGCAGUGAUGAAGAUGAUAAUGUACCUAUAUCUCUUGCAUUGGGUAAGAAAGACAAUGCUAAGGUUGCUGAGGAAACUGACCCUCAAAAUGGACAGGCAAAUGACAUCACCAAAAAAAAGAUUGUUGAUGUCAAGAAAAGAAAACAUUCUGCCAUCAGUGAGGAUCCUGCAUUAUCAAUGGAUACAACAGAUGUUAAUGCAACAUCUGUUUCAAAACAAGGCGAUGAAAUAAAAAAGAAAUCAAAGAAAAAGAUGAAAAAUCAAUCAGGGGAGAAGGAUGAGAAGCAGUCCAAUAUAAGAACAUUGGAAGAUGGGUUGAUGGUAGAAGAUCUAUCAAUAGGAAACAUUGAUGCAAAAGUGGCUUCUGAUGGCUGCAAGGUCUACAUAAAAUAUGUUGGCAUGUUGAAGAAUGGGAAAAUUGUUCAGUCUAAUGCUAGUGAAAAGCCUUACAAGUUCAAGCUUGGUGCUGGAAAAGUUAUUCGUGGAUGGGAUGUUGGUAUUCGUGGUAUGCGUGUUGGGGAGAAAAGAAAGGUUACAGUCCCACCUUCCAUGCUCUCUGGCGGUAAAUCAGUGGGAGAAGUACCUGAUAAUUCUUCAGUCAUAUAUGAAAUCGAGUUAGUGAAAGUGAAAUAGAGAAAAAUGUCAAGCUUUUGCAUGUGCCCUAUGUCGACAUCUGCAACAGUUACAGGAAUUUUGUUGAUACGCAGAUGAUCAUGCUCAUAUUUUGCUUCCUUCUGGAAGAAUUUCUAUGUGUCUCUCAUGCUGCGCCAUAGGACAUUUAGCAAUGGACUGCAGCGGAUGCUUCUCUAUGCAUGCCUUAAGCAGAAAAUUUUGUCAGACUAGCAAAUGUUGCUACUUGGUUUUGCACUGCCUAGCUACAUUACUUUGUAAACUGCAUAUGAUGGGUGAAGCACUAUUGUGGUCUGGUAACUUGCCAUAGUGACUACUACACGGUUCACUGCUUUGAAUCGUGUUUCUUGUCAAUGAUUGAUUUACUGGCGUAAUAGUUUGAUCA